UGUACGGGAAGCGAGCAGGGUCAGGCUCAACGCGAUGGCUCUAUGGGGCAGGGGCGGCCGAAUGGGCCUGGGCCUGGGCCUGAGCCUCGACUUGGGUCUGGCCCGUCUGGUCUGCGCGCGGGGGUUGCGGUGUUCCCGCAGGCAGAGCCACGGAUCCCAGCAAGGGGAAAACGCUGCAAGGCCACGGUCUUCCUCAGAGACAAGGAGGCUGCCCAAGAUCUACACCAAGACCGGAGACCAAGGUUUUUCCAGCACUUUCACUGGGGAAAGAAGACCCAAGGAUGACCGAGUGUUUGAAGCCUUGGGAACAACUGAUGAAUUAAGUUCAGCUCUCGGGUUUGCCAUAGAAGUCGCAACAGAAAAAGGCCACACGUUCGUGGAUGAACUUGAGAAAGUCCAGUGCAGGCUACAGGACGCCGGCUCAGCCAUUGCAACGCCGCUGUCGUCGGCCAGGGAGGCUCACUUGAAGCGCACAGCGUUCAGUGAGGAUGCUGUCCAGGACCUGGAGCGCUGGAUAGACGCAUACACGAGCCAGCUCCCUGCCCUCACGGCUUUCAUUCUGCCUUCGGGAGGCAAGAGCAGCACGGUGCUCCACUUAUGCCGAGCUGUGUGCCGCAGAGCUGAGAGAUGUGUGGUUCCGCUAGUCCAGGCUGGGCAGACAGAUGCAAACGUGGCCAAAUUCUUGAACAGACUCAGUGACUAUCUCUUCACUUUGGCCCGAUAUGCAGCCAUGAAAGAGGGGAAGGAAGAAAAAAUAUACCGAAGACAGGACCCCUAAGGCCAAGGCAUGCUGGGAAAAUCCUGUAAAGAGAGAGGCCAGUGCCUUUCUGCCCCCAUCCCAGCCGGGUAGGGGCAGGCGUUAGCAUGUGGAGCAUCCAGACCUGGUACUGUCCUGAUGAAAAGCCUGAACUCCCCCACCCCAGCUUACAUCCCAUCCCCCCAUGGCUUCAUCCCGGCCCCUCGUCGACUCUGUGAGCAGCCAGUGUUCCCAGGGACUGGGAGGCCCAGUUCAGGGUCUCUGAAAACAAGAUGGUCGGACACUUGUAGGCCAGAUGCCAAAGGUGACCAGAGGAUAAAAGGAAUGCCUGAG